AUGUUGACCACUCCCGAUAACCUUCUCUCCCUUCACGUGCUUAGAGAUGACAUCCAGGAUGAGCUUUUCCGCAGUGUUUCCAGGGGCGAAGGUGAGGCUGACUGGCCUGUAGUAUCCCAGGUCUUCUCCUUUUUGGAGACUGGUGUGACACGAGCUCUCCCCCAGUCCUCAGACACCUCUCCUGUUCUCCAUGACCUUUCAGAGAUGGUGGAGAGUGGUGUCACAGCUUUCACUUUUGUGGAGCUUUUUUAUGGAGUGUGGACCAAUAGCCUUGGUCUUAUUUCUGAUGGAUUUCACAUGCUUUUUGAUUGUUCUGCAUUGGUGAUGGGGCUUUUUGCAGCUCUGAUGACAAGAUGGAAAGCAACUCGAAUAUUUUCCUAUGGGUACGGACGUGUGGAAAUUCUCUCUGGAUUUAUUAAUGGCCUCUUUCUGAUGGUAAUUGCUUUCUUUGUCUUCAUGGAAUCGGUGGCCAGACUGGUGGAUCCUCCAGACAUAGACACAAAUAUGCUAACUCCAGUCUCUGUUGGAGGACUGAUUGUAAACCUCGUCGGUAUCUGCGCCUUCAGCCACGCGCACUCCCACGGGGCUUCGCGGGGAGGCUGUCACUCGCACGAUCACAGCCAUUCUCACCACGGGCACAGCCACGGACACGGCCAUUCCCACAGUGACCAUGGGCACAGCCAUGGGCAUUCCCACGGGUCUUCUGGAGGAGGCAUGAAUACCAACAUGAGAG